GGCCAGCUGGGGGGCGGAGUCGCGGACUCUUCCCGGGGUUUGGGACGAGUCGCGACGCACAGAGCUCCGCCCCCAGCCGGAGGCAGCCAAUCCCAGGAGGCGAGGCGGGCCGGGCGCCUCGGGGAUGUAGCGGCCGUGCAGAGGCUGCGCUGCCAGGGUGGGAUGGCCUGUGCGGGGCUGGCGGGCUGGCCCUGGCCGCUGCGGGACCUCGUUUGCUGCGCGCUGCUGGCGGCCGCCGGGCUCUUGCUGGGGCUCUACUGGCUGCUGAGCCGCCCGCCCCGGGGGCUCCCACCCGGCCCCAGCCCCUGGCCGCUCGUGGGCAACUUCGGCUUCGCGCUGCUGCCCGGCCCGCUGCGGAAGAGGUGGCUACUGAGUGAGCGGGCCGGGCAGGGGGGCUCCCGGCCGCUCGCCCCGCACCUGCUCCUGACCGGCAUGGCCAAGGUCUACGGCAGCGUCUUCAGCCUCUUCGUGGGCAGCCGCCCCAUGAUCGUGCUCAGCGACUUCGAGGCGGUGCGGGAGGCGCUGGUCAGCCAGGCCGAGGUGUUCAGCGACCGGCCCAGCAUCCCCAUCGUGGCCAUGCUCACCAAGAAGAAGGGUGUCGUUUUUGCACCAUAUGGUCCCAUAUGGAGACAACAGAGGAAGUUUUCUCACUCAACUCUUCGUCAUUUUGGAUUAGGAAAGCAUAGCCUGGAACCCAAAAUCAUUGAAGAACUGAAGUAUGUGAAGGAAGAAAUGCUAAGAUAUGGAAAGGAUCCAUUUAACCCCUUUCCUAUUAUCAGCAACUCUGUGUCCAAUGUUAUCUGUUCCAUGGCCUUUGGCAGGCGCUUUGACUAUGAAGACAUUGAGUUUAAGACCAUGCUAAGUCUCAUGUCACGUGCGCUAGAGAUAAGUGUAAACAGCCAUGUAUUUCUGGUCAACAUUUGUCCUUGGCUGUACUAUCUUCCCUUUGGCCCUUUCAGAGAACUGAGACAAAUUGAGUUUGAUGUCACAGCUUUUCUAAAGAAAAUAAUUGCACAGCACAGGGACACCCUGGAUAGAGAAAAUCCCAGGGACUUCAUUGAUAUGUAUCUCCUCCAAGUGGAAGAAGAGAGAAAGAGCAACAGUGAGAGCAGCUUUAAUGAAGACUACCUGUUUUUUAUCAUUGGUGACCUCUUCAUCGCAGGUACUGACACCACUACCAACACACUGCUCUGGUGUCUGCUCUAUAUGUCUCUCCACCCAGAAGUACAAGAAAAGGUUCACGCAGAAAUUGAAGUGGUCACCGGGCGUGACAGAGCUCCUUCUCUCACUGACAAGGCUCAUAUGCCCUUCACAGAGGCAACCAUCAUGGAGGUACAGAGGAUGACUGUGGUUGUUCCUCUUUCUGUUCCUCGAAUGGCCUCAGCAACUGCUGUGCUACGGGGAUAUACUAUUCCUAAAGGCAGUGUGAUUGUGCCCAACUUAUGGUCAGUGCACAGAGAUCCAAAUAUAUGGGAGAGACCAGAUGACUUCCAACCAACAAGAUUUCUGGAUGAAAAUGGCCAGCUAAUCAAAAGAGAAAUGUUCAUUCCUUUCGGAAUUGGUAAACGUGUGUGCAUGGGAGAGCAGCUGGCAAAAAUGGAGCUGUUCUUGAUGUUUGUAAAUCUCAUGCAAAAUUUCACCUUUUUGUAUCCUGAUAAUGCUACAAAACCAGCCAUGGAAGGAAGAUUUGGUCUAACUUUAGCUCCAUAUCCAUUCAAUAUAAUUGCUUUGAAGAGAUGAAGAAACUUGAAAAAAGACUAAAUGAAGAGAUACUGCACUUAGCAAAUUCAGCUUUAUAUUUUUAUCGUUCUAAGGUAUGAAAACAUAUUCAAUAAAAAUGAUUGGUGAACAUUCCUUGAAUAUGAACUAGUAACUCAAGGUUAGCUGCUGAGUUCCAAAAGUGACUAAAUGAGAGCAUGUCAGCCAAUUUGAUGUUCUUCACCUUUUUAUUCCUUUUUUAAGAUACAGUUACCCAAUCUGUUACCAUUAAUUUUGGGACAAAAGACCAAAAUAACACACGACGCUCUACAAGUAUCAAGUGUCAUUUUGGUCAAUAUGUUUUCAAAGUGCUUUGUGUAUACACUUGCCAGACAAAAGGAAGGAUGUGAUCAACUAAUACUAGAGGAAGCAUUAAAUGACUUAAGGGAUUUGUAUGUUUGUAUGAAGAAACAUGGUGACUAAAUGCUAAGUUGCUGAAGAGUGUUAGAAAUGACAAGAACAGUGAUACUAAGGCUCACAAGUGGCUCUUUGCAGCACUAGAUAUUAAAACACAGUGUGAUUUUAAUUAACCAAUCAGGUUGCUUUUACUAUGUUAUUAACCAAUUGUAGGUGAUAAAAUAAUACUUGGUCAGUCAUUUUGCUGUGAGAACUAUAUAUAAUAAACUAUAUAUUUCUCUAUCAUACUAUUUAAAUAUGAAUAUAUAGUACUAUAGUAAAUGAAACCAUGAAUUCACACUACUGUGGCUCUUUUGGAUAAUGUUGAUCGCUAAUUUGGCUCCUGAACUACUGAAGUCUGAGUAUCGCUGGACUAGAGGACACUUUCUGUAACCUAGGAGGAUUUUUAUUUUUUUAAUUUAAGUGACUUGUAAUUUAUAGAUGGGGGCCAAACCAAAAUGCCUCACUGGAUCCUGGAUAAGAACACUCCUGCGUAUUGGGACUUCAUGAAAAUUCAAAUUCACACUCCAAGAAGAGCCCUAUCUCAUGCUCUCUAUGGGUACGUCUACACAGCCAGUAGGCGCAAGCUUCUGACCGAGUCGACAGACUUGAGCUCACGCUACUGUGCUAGAAAUAGCUCUAAGGACAGAGCUUUUAAGUUGUGGCUUGGCAUACCCUCGCUCUGUAGGUUUAAGAGCCUGAGCUGCAAUGUCUACACAGCUAUUUGUAGUGUGGUAAUAACAUAAGAAAGGCCCUCCUGGGUCAGACCAAAGGUCCAUCUAGCCCAGUAUCCUGUCUUCCAACAGUGGCCAGUGCCAGGUGCCUUAGAAGAAUGAACAGAACAGGUAAUCAUCAAGUGAUCCAUCCCCUGUCGCUCAUUCCCAGUUUCUGGCAAACAGAGGCUAGGGACACCAUGUGGGCCCAAGUCUGUCGACCUGAGCUCAGAGGCUUGCUGCCAUGGACUGUGUAGACCUACACUAAUAAGCCAAAUUAAAAUCCCAGAUCCAACAACCAUCAAACUGUGAAAGUGAACAGAAAACUGGAAAAUGUAUAUACAAUAGGACUAUAAAAGAAGAAAUAAGAAACUGUAAUUUAAUGAGCUGUAAUUUGUCUCUUCAAACAAGCAUCCUAAAACCAGUAAAGAGUUGAGUUGGAACCAAUACUAGCAGUAUUAGUAGUAGUAUAUUUAACUUUGCCAAAAAUUUACUGCUUUGAAAUAUUUACUCUCUCUUGCAAAACAAAAACCUUCAUGUGAUGCUCCCAUUACAUGUUGUUUGUUUACACAACAGAUGAUGUCAAAAGGCUACGAGACAUCAAUUUGUUGAUCUCCUGGUAUGGUUUUAGCAAUGUGAAAUCUUUGAGUCCUUGUCAGGGACAGCAUUGAAGAACCGUUGGACCAGCUCCACGUGUGUACCAAUUUAAUUCUAGAAGGUCUGUCACAUGCUAAGCGUGACUAUCUUUCAAGAGUUCUUAAGGAGAACGACAUUUUCUUGUAGAAAUGAUGCAACUGGUUAGCAACUCACAGGUUGGGCCUUGUUUGCAAAUGUCCAUUUUUUUUUUUUUUCCCCGACCCUAAAACUAUUGACUUUUUACUUGGCCAGCUGGAAUACUAAACACAAUCUCUACCUAUGCUUUCUGAUUAAAGACAAUUCUGGUAUUCCUCUGCAAGGCUGCAAGGAAAUUUCUAAGGACUGUUCCUGAAGCAACAAUGGCACAUUAUUCUGCAUGUCUGCUUUGGAGUUCCAUUGAUUGAAUCAGCACCAUGCAAGAAUUUCUGCAAAGUAAACUGGGUUGCAUAUACUGCAGAAGUUGAAGACUGGAUACACCAUAUCAAACCAAUCCCAGAAAACUGACCCGCUUUGUUCACCUUCUUAUUAAAUGCAUUCCUCACAGAUAUCGCAAGGUCUGUAUUUCUUGCUGGCAGCUGGAGACAGAAGCAUUCUUCAAAGAACAUGAGAAGAGUGGUGAUCCAGAUGAACUCUGCUCGCCUGAAGAGAUUGAAUGAGACAGUGGAGGAUCUUGACUUCACUCAUUUCAGUUGCAAAGCCUGGGCAUUCCUCCAUAAUCUUGGAGCUGCUGACUUAGUGAAAAUUACAGCCAAUUCUGUUGCCGCACACCUUCUCUGUAACUCAAAGAUCAAAACCGACAAGUUCACUAGACAGAAGAUUGAGGAAAGAGCUCUUUUCAAAUGUCCGACGCAGCCCUACCACUUCGCUGCUAUCAUCUCCUUAUACUGCAGAAGAAAUAAACAAGGCCCUCAUGGCCUCCAAAAGUGGAAAACCUGCUGCCAAGGAUGGCCUUUACCCUGAUUUCCUUAACAAUUUGGGUCCAUUAGGACAAGUAUGGUUGGCAGACCUAUUUACUGCUAUGUAUUUAAACAGGGAAGAUUCCAAAAACCUGGAAUGAGGCAAUAGUCAUUGGCCUCCUCAAACAUGGAAAACCUCCAAAUAAUGCUGCCAGUUAUCACCCAAUAUUGCUCCUCUCCACAACUUAUAAGUUAAUGGAGCGGAUUCUACUGGCCCAUCUCACCCCUAUCUUUGAGGUCAUCCUGCCAAAGGAACAGGCCAGUUUCAGACUGGGACAAAGUUGCUGUGACCAGGUUCUCGCCAUUAAUAGUUACAUUGAGGCUGGCUUCCAGAAGAAUCUAAAACCCAGAACAGCACUAAUAGAUUUAUCCACUGCCUAUGACGUGGUAUGAAGAGAUUGGCUAUGACUCAAGGUAUCAAGGGUCAUCAAAUACCAUAGCUCUGUGCAACUCCUGACCACAAUGUUCAGCCACUGUAAAUAUUGCAUGCCUUUUGAAAGGGCAGAUCAGCAAAGCAUGCAUCCUCAAAGAUGGUUAACCUCAAGGAUCCCUGCUGGCUCUUUCACUAUUCAACAUCUAUAUUCGUGACAUAUGUUACACAAUUUCACAUAAAUUCAUUUAUGCUGAUGACAUUGCUCUUGUGGUACAAGGCAAAAGGCCUCACUAUCAUCAGCAACAUCCUCUUCACCAACCUCAAGAUAAUGGCAGAAUACUUUCAAUAUUGGAAACUCGGCCCCAAUGCCUCCUCCAAAAAUCUUGGUAACUGCCUUUCUCCUAAACAACAAAGCUGCCAAGGAACUACUUAGUGUGACCUUCAGCGAUCAACAGGUCCAAAAUGAGCCCUAUCCAAAGUCCCUGGGUGCAACUUUGGACAGAAGCUUGACUUUUAAAGUUCAUCUGAAGAAGAUAUGCAAAAAGCGAAGACUAGCUUUGUCCAAAAACCAUGUAGACACAACAUGGGGUGCCACUACAUGUGGACACUUCAAACAGUGCAUCUAGCAUGUGUUCUUGAUUGCUAAAUAUUGCACAUCGAUCUGGACAGGCAGCUUAAUACUACAAUGAGAAUUAUAACACACAUGAAAAUCAACACCCGUUCAAUGGUUGCCCACUCUGGCACAUUCUCUCUCAUCCAAGAUCCAGAGAGAGAGAGAGAGAGAGACCAAGACACACACCUUGUAAGUACAAGUGAACCAUGUCCAACCUGAACUUACUAGUUCAUGAGGACCUCUAGAACCUUCCAAAGACAUGCCUGAAAUCUCUCCAUUCUUCUUGGGAAUGGGUAAAGCUCUUAAAUUGUCCUCACUCAAUACUGAGGCCCACUGGAAAAAAAUUUGGGAUAAUGUCUCAAACACCAGAUUCUAGAAAAGAACUUCUAGGCUUCAAUCUACCCCAAAAACAGUGGUCCACAUUGAACUGUUUGAGAACAUCACAUGGUAGACGCUGUCAACUCUCUCAUCUCUGGAAGAUGAAACAAUGCACAAUGUGUCUAUGGAACCCAGUUGCAAACUGUGGGACCAGUCUUAAGUCAGUGCCCACUUCAGUCAUUUGCCAGUGGUAUCUUAGCUUGUAUCAAGCCAUUUCUGAGACUACCCGUUGGCUCACCAAUCUGGACUUGGCUAUAUGAAUGUUGCUAAUUACCCCUCUUACCAUACACAAGAAAUCUCCUUGGAGGAGGUUGAGGUGAAGAGGUUCCUGCAUAGCUAGAAUUUGUCUGAAAAUCCUUAUUCUAGAAAUCGUCAGUUGCAAAGCUACAAUAAAAUGCUGAUAAUUUUUUAUCUGACUUCUAAAUGCCUACCCGGGGCCGGCUCCAGGCACCAGCUUAACAAGCAGGUGCUUGGGGCAGCCAAGGGAGAGGGGCGGCACCUGCGGCAAUUUGAGGGCGGCAGGUCCCUCAUUCCCUCUACUAGCGAAGGACCUGCCGCUGAACUGCCGCCGCCGAUCGCGCCUUUUUUUUUUUUUUUUUUUUUUGCUUGGGGCGGCAGAAAUGCUGGAGCCAGCCCUGUGCCUACCCAAACACCCUGAUAAUGCUGGCUAUGCAACUGAUUGAUUAUACAAAGUACAUACACUUAUCCUCUUAUGUAGAGGGUAAGCACUUUAAAAUUUUGGCAGAAUCCAAAGAAAUUACACAUAAAAUAAUAGGAAUAGGUACUUACAUAUUGAUUAUAUGGAAUUGCACAUAGAUUGUCGUGUGCUCUUGCUGCAGUCUGCCUUCUAAACUAGUGAUCUGCAGAGAAAUUUGGUAUGUAAAAUGUCAUAUUACUUCUGAAAACUGUUAUUUUACAAAUAGUCCCUUGAGAGUUGUAGCUUCUGAUCGUACAUAGAAUCCAAUGCUGCAUGAUGUGACGUGCUGCUAUACAUACACUAUAUAAGGGUAACCAUUAUCCCGUCUGCCCAAACACUAGUUGCUGUUGCAACUGACACAAAGGCCUUUCAUCCCUGGCAAAUAAAAUUAAGGCUUCUAUAAGUUCCUGAGAGAGAGACUAGAAACUGCAUGACCCAGAGGAAAUAAAUUACUCUUGUUUGUGUAAUUUAUAUCCUUCUGCUGUGGAGCAAAGGUAAAUUGGUAACAGACGUAAGCUGAGAGAACUGGAUUGUGCAAUAUUGACCUAAAUUGUUUUUGUGACUGAUAAAUCUUGAAUGUGCCCUCUAUAUAUCUAUUGCUGAAUGCAAAAAAUGGUGCCUACAGUUAUGCAACUUGAGAAUUAGUUUCACUGUAAUCUUUUGUUUAAUUUUUAAUCAUGUCUUUUUCAAAGCGAUUACACAUUCCAUUUUAUUCACUAGGAGACUCAUAGUAGCGCCUCGACGUUUGGUUAGCAGAGCUAUCAGCUUCAACCACCUCUAUAAUUGUUUGAUGCUAGACAUUAAUACAUGCCAGCAUAAGAAUCUCUCUCAUUUUAGUACUGCCCAUCCUUCCAAACCAGUAGAAAAAUGUUGACACCCUGAAAAAGGAAGAAUGGUGGAGUGGGGAAUAAAGAGGAAUGGGGGGGGGGGGAAUAGGGGUACACAGAGCCCCUGGCCUGGGAGAAAAUGCGGUACCUUGGCAUGAGAGAUGGGGGACAGGUGUUGCAGAGAGUCUUUGAAAUGGAACAGGAUCAAUGGUGGCACAGCGGGAGCUUGGGUGGAAUAGAGGGAUGUAAAAAGCCCCUGGCCCAUUGCUUUUGUAGGCUGAACUUACUUCACAACUAGUGUAAAUUGCAGAUACUUAUAUUCAUAAUUUUACAUUGGAUUACUUGCUCCCCUCUGUACUCCUAGGGGAAUUUUGACUGCUGUUAGCAUUGGAAAUAUUAAAGUAAAGCUACUAUAAGAUUAACUUGGCCUAAUUUUUACCUGUAUGACUUAUUAUCUUACUGCAAAAUUGUGGGGGUUUACAUACACAAGAUUUAAAUAUAAUAGAAUUAGGCUUGGUCUAGACUUAAAAUUUAGGUCAGUAUAGCUAUAGCACUUAGAGCUGUGAAAAAUCCAUGUACUGCAGCACCAUAGUUAUGCUGCACUUAUCUCAGUGUAAACUGUUGAUGAAUAUAUGCUAGCCAGCAUCUAAAUAAAUAAAUAAAAAUAUUAUAUAUUAAAAAAUAAUAGGCAUUAAGCAUAAAUAUUAUAACAGUGAUCUAGUCUAAACUGUCUUAUACCAGAAUCCUGUUAAUUUAUUCUAAGUACCCCAUAACACUUUGCAUUUGCUGAAGUAAGCAUUUGGUGCAAAAAGUUAGGAAACUUGUCAAGAUACGUUCAUUCUCUGUCAUAGUACAAAGCUAGGAAAGUGCCUUCGUGCAAAAGUACCUGGAAUGGUAGUAUCCAAAACAAAGAUAAGGAAGGAACAGAACAAGAAGUUAGGGAACUGGAACAAAUGGAUGGGUUGGAUUUUAGUGAUGCAUAGGUGGAUUUGGGUUGGAUUUUACGUGUAGGGAAAUGUAACUUGUAAAAUCAUGUAAAUAAUGGCAGCUGAAAUGUGUAACUUGAGGAGCACACCUUCUGUAUAAGGUGAUUGUAACAUCGCUGCCUUGGACGGCUCCUCAGAGACGGGUAUUGUAUAGAAUCUUUUUCCUGUACCAUAUUAAUAAAUCUCACUGAGUGGUUAUUUGGUCUCUUGACCAUAUAUUUCAUAAUGAAAUAAUAAACCAAAGUGUGAUUAAGCAAUUGACUAUACAAUUUAUCAACAAGACACAGCUGGAUCUAUGCUUGUCAACCUAACUACCAUCAUUGCUCAGGGAGGUGCUGUUCCUAAAACAAAGGAAAAAAUUUUCCAUCAGUGUAAGCUGUCUCCACUACAGGAUUAUGCUAGGAUAGGUAUAGUGAGAAAGCUAUGAUACUAUAGUCUCCAUAAUGUAGACAUGGCCUUUGUAAAUAUAUAACUAAAUUAGUAACUUCAUGAGAGCAAACAAGUUGAAUAGGGUCACGCUUUGGCACAGUAUGUUAAAGUAACUUACAUGCCAGUGGGCUAUAUUGCCUACUUCAGAUACCAUUCAAGCCAAGCAGACCAUAUGACAAAUUACCCAUUUAGCAUGGCAAGCAGGGCUGGCUCCAGGCACCAGCUUAACAAGCAGGUGCUUGGGGUGGCCAAGGGAGAAGGGCGGCACGUCCCUCACUCCCUCUAGGAGCGAAGGACCUGCCGCCGAACUGCCGCCGCCAAUCGCAGCUUCCUCCCUCCCCCGCCCCCCCCAGUUGCCGCCGCCAGUCACGAUUGCGAUCGCGGCUUUUUUUUUUUUUUUUUGGCUUGGGGCGGCAGAAAUGCUGGAGCCGGCCCUGAUGGGAAGAAUAUUAAAGAUUAUUAUUGUUACUGUUUAUACAACACCACACUUUGGAGUAGGGAACAUAGGAACUGGGAGUGUCACCUUAAUAGCUCCAAGAAUUGGAACCUUAUCUGUACCAAAAUCAUAAUCAUUUUAUAUUAUUAUUUGUAUUACUGUAGCACCUAGAAGCCCUAGUCAUGAACCAGGACCACCUUGUAUUAGGCAUUGUACAAACACCGAAUGAAAAGAUGAGCCCUGCCCUAAAGAGCUAAUAAUCUCUAUAGUAUAGAAGAUAACUUUAAUUGAUGCCAUGUAGGCUGCCCCACCCUGUUACUUGAUGAUCCUGUCGAGAAAGGAUUUUUUAAUUUAAAAUGGAAGAGGAGUAGGAAGUUAGUGAUGGGGGUGUAUGUUUGGUUGCAGCAGCAGCAUUUUGGAAAGUCAGGAGAGAGAUUAUCAAGACAUGCAUCAGAUAAAGGUAAGAGCAGUUCUGUUUCUCCUACUGAACCUAAUAGGAGAGCUCUCCCCUCCUCACGUCUUUCAUACAAAAUACUGUGGGGUCCACCUGGCUGAAGAGUAGCGGAUCUUCUUUUUCUCUUGUGCUCCUGGGAGUCCUGACUAGGGAGCUUUGCUUAUUUUGCUUAAUAUUAUUCUGCAUAUGUGAAUAGGAUUUGAGUGUUUGGUAAAAUCUCCCUCCGGCAGAGCUUGGGUGAGCUCAGUGCAGGCGUUCAGUUCAUAUCGAUGAAUACUGAGCAAUAGAAUUUCUGUUUGGUUGAAGCUUGUUUUCAGCUAUAGUCCUGAAUAAUCUUCAAUCAGAUAAAGUUUACUAAGGAACAAAGCACCUCAUCUCUAUCUCAAAACCGGCUUUUGUUGCAGUGAUCUUUUAGCACAAAAUGCCAAAGAUGAGUGCACUUAAUUUCUUCUGAGGAACCAACUUAAUUUGGUGAAUUGCUCAAAUAAACUUUGUCACCAGUAUGUUGCUAACUGGUGGGAUUUUAUAGAGUCUCUCUCUCAAUACUAGGUGUUUUUCUUAAAGUCCGGCACUUACAUUCUUGUGAUUCAGAUUGUAAUUAAAAAAAAAAAAUUAUACAUAUGGUUGGGAAGAAAAGCCUGAAAGUAUGAUCCAAGUGUAACUCAACAGAUUCAAAACACUACAUAGAUUCUAAGGCCAGAAGGAACCAUUGGAUCUAGUCUGACCUCCUUUAUAUCAUAAGCCGUAGAACUUCCCUAAAAUAAUAAGCUGCCCAAGCAAGCAUUUGAAAGCAAAUAAAAACACAGUAUACUUGUGACACCCUGACAUCCCAAUAUCCACCACUGUCAUGUAAUUAGGAUGUGUUUUGUACCGAGUAUGUCUUGUGAGAUGUCAUUCUAAAAGUCUUGAUCUGCUAGACAUUAAUAUCUCAUUGGAUUGUAUGUGCUAUCAUUGUAUGUGAAGUUAUGAAGUUUGGGUAUGUGUGUGUUACUGUAACAUGCUGUGAGUUUGAAAGCACCACAAGCAGCCUCUCAGGUACAACAGUAAAAAGGCCAAACAAUAUUAAUGACUUAUUGAGGAAAUGCACACAAGGAUUACCCCAGGAAUUGUGUACAGUUGAAGACUCUCAGAGAUAGCACUACACAAUGUGAACUGUUUGACCCAGGUCACAGAAAAUCGGAAGAAGAUAUAAAAGGGGGGACAAUGACAUCAUAGGGGGACCUCAGUCUCCCUGCAACAACAUACCUGGAAACAGCUAAGGGGCAAGGACUGAACUGUGGGAAGUGGUGGUCCUAGGCUAGAAGGAUCUUUAGCCUGUGUGUGAAAAUGUGAGAAAGCCAAGGCAACUUGUGCCUUAAAAGUCUGCCAGCCUGCUUAUCACUCAGCAUGAGAAUUUGCUAAUUUAUAUCCUACCUAUCUAGUGUGUUAAGCUCAGUUUGUGGCCUUUGUUUAUUUACUGAGGUAUUCUACUUUGAUCUAUUUGCUAACCCUUAUGAUCGCUUAAUAAACUUGUUUUGUUUUCGCUAAUC